AUGCGAUACAGAAAUUGGGACGUGCUCCUAUUCCCUGGCGGAGGAAGGAUUCCUGUCUCUGAGUUCAAAACUCAGUGCUUCGUGACUAAGGACCAUGACUCCCCAUUCCUGCAGACGCCUCAUCUCGGCCCGCAACGAUACCAGGGGCCAUUGAUAUUCAACCAGCUUCCUGUCCUGUCAACUUUCAUCCCCAGUUUGCCGCCUGACAGCCCGUUCCAGAUCUCCGUCCACAGCUGGGAGACUCCGCGCCCAAGUGUCCAGUUUGAGACUAACAUGGGACCGGAGGACACUUUGAUGUUCGAAGUUCGUGUUUAUAUUGAUGGGGUCUUUUCCUCUGGUAGUCUCUACGCGCAGAGAACCUCUUGGCCGCAGGUUAUGAGCUUGAGUUCACAUCCCGAUCGUGAGGGUAAUCAGGAUACUCUUCGCUUCCCGCCCUUCCACCGCGAGAUACUCCAACAGAGGACAUGGGAUGCAGCAGAUCCACAUGGUCGAAUCAGGGUUGUUUUUGCGGAGGGUUUCUCUCGCCCAAAUCGUUCACCACCUUUUGAACGCUAUCGAGAUUUUCUUACCUUCUCCUUUCAACAUGCGCCUUUGAACAUUUUGGAGAACGCCGAAAUUGCCUGGCCGAAUCCCAAGUUAUGGUUACCGGUUACCAAUACUCCUCGUUAUGCAACGGCAGCCUCGUAUGGAACCGCGAAGGAAUAUGACGACCAUGGGCAUUCGCCAAUCAGAUCUGGCAGACUUGAUGGUCGACUUGUGGCAAUGCCAGUCAAUCCGGGCAGUCAGUCAAGCAGUGAUACAGCCACAUUCAGCGGUGGCUCCUUGUCGGCGUAUAACGCCUGGGCACCUCACCGUGGCUUUCCCAUUCCAGUGACGCAGUGGAACGAGUGCCCCCAAGGGCCACGAUGGGAACCGCAAGAUGCAUACGCAUUGGACGCGGGCAUAGACACCGAAGUUGACGAUACAGCAUGGCGCCAGCGCGGUGCCCGGUCCUCUCACGAGGAUGUUGCAAUGCCUGACUACAGCUCACGUUCGAGCAGCAGCCGACCUCUUUCUAGCUUGACUGGUUUCAGCUUCGAGCACAGCAAUGCUGAUAUCCCUGACUACAUGAUUGAGCGCGGUAACCGGAGCAUCACUGUUCAUCUAGAUGACGAUCAUCGCUACCACGAGCUGAUUCAGUCUCUUACCCCGACCAAAGCUGCACCUACCAUGGGAACCCGCGCGCCUUCCAAUACUCCUUCUGAAAGCAUGCCAAUGCCACCACCCAAGGUAUCUGCUGCGGCGAUGGCACGCUCGGCCGGCUAUACUCGAACCCGUCGGACUGCAGUUCUCACGGACAACUCACAGCCAAGUACCCGGGAGGUUUCAGGGUCAAGUCAGUCUCUGGUUUCUGAGAGAAGUCAGCGACUUAGGAUGGUUGUCAGCAGGAAAUCUAGCAAAGAGGUUCUGAAAGACAAACAAAAGAUGCACAAAGAUCAGCCUGAGUCAGACAAGGAAAACCAUGUCCAUGAUGAGCAAUCUGGCAAUGCAACACAGGAAAGUCCCAAGCAGGAUGAGCAGGAUAAUUUACUGGAGACUGCAAAGGAGAUUGCUAAGAAGGCUGAGAGUCUGCUCGUGGAGACCAUGAAGGAGACUGUAGUUGAGGCGGAAUCAUAA